AUGUCAUCUGAUUCUUCGAGCUCUUCAUCCGACGGUGUUCUUGGCGAUAUGAUUAUUGUAAUUACGCAGGAGACGAUUAAUUAUUUGCGAGAAGAAGCCCAAUCAUCUACAUCGCGUACCAGACAACCGGCUCUUGAACAAGAUCGGUUAGGUGCUCAUGAACGUCUAAUGUUUCGUAUGAGUCGUCGUCUUUUCCUUAAAAUUUCUAAUGAUCUUGCGGGCGAAUUCCAUUUUUUCACACAAAGAGAAAGUGCUAGUCACAAAGUUGGUUUCUCUAGAAUACAAAAGUGUACAAUAGCAAUUAGGCAACUAGCGUACGGCACAGCGAGUGAUGCGUGGGAUGAAUAUUUAAGGAUGUCGUCAAGAAUGUGUCGUGAUUCUCUUGAAAAUUUCUGUGAAGGUGUUAUCUUUCUGUACGGGAGACGAUAUUUGAGGAUGCCAACCGCUGCCGACGUUCCACUUUUAUACGAGGCCCAUCAGCGAAUACACGGGUUUCCUGGGACGUUGGGUAGUCUUGAUUGCACGUACUGGGAUUGGCGGCAUGUCCAACCGCUUGGAAAGGGCAACACCAUCGUGGUGACCACGAUGGUCCUACCCUAA